AUGAAAUUCCUUUUAUUACUAGCACUAACAUUUUUCGUUAUUUCGUCAGAACAAAUUCCAGAAGUUGAUGGAAUAUUGUAAUUAAGCCGUAGAAAUUUCUAAUAAGCUUUGGAUUCACAUCCAAGAUUAUUGGUCAAAUUUUAUAUUGACACAUGUGGAUACUGGUAUUGAAUAUCAAUUAAAAAUCAGCUAAAAAAUGAAGCCUGUAUUCAUUUAAUUGGCUUAAAGAUUGAAGGAAUAUGGAUUCGUUUUAGGAGAAGUUAAUGUUUAAGAAAGUAAAUCAUUAGCAGCUAAAUAUGAUGCCAAUGCUUAUCCAACAUUGAAACUUUUUAGAAAUGGGGAAUCAAUUGAUUUUCCAAAUUCUUCAGAUUCUGUAGAAAUAUUAUUUGAAUUUGCAUUGUAACAUGCUUAUGAACAUAUCACAAAACUUUAUAAUUAAGAAGAGGUAUCAUUACUAUUUAAAUUUUGGUUAGAUUGAUUUGUUUUUGAAAAGAUCAAAUGUUGCAGUUCUGAAAUACGCAUUUGAUUAAGAUGAUUUAUCAUCAGUAACUUUGGAUCACAUUUAAGUAAAAUUUGGGAUUGUAGAAAAUAAUGUAUUACGAUAAGGUCAUCCUCACAAAUACACAUUAAUAAAUAAGGAUAUUGAAAAACCACUUUAUUAUAAUGGAGAUGUAAAUGGGUUAUCAGAAUUCAUUUCAACAAAAGGGUAUCCAUUAGUAUUCUCUUUGAAUGAAGAAGAAUUCAUGAAAGCAGAAAAUGAAAAGAUUCCUUUGAUUGGAAUAGCAGGAUAAAAAAAUGGAGUUCUUUUUAAAAGAUUUAAAUACAUUGCUGAAUCAUAUGUUAAUUCAACUCGAUUUGUUAUGAUAGACCCAAGUCUUGAAUUAUGUAAUAGAAGAUUUGAAUAUUUAAUUAAAGAAAGUCCAGUUGCUUAAAAUACAAUUUAUUACUAUGAUUAUGAGUACAUAUAUUAAGUAUAUUAAUUUAGAACAAAGAAAACAACUACUACAACAUUUAAUGAUGAUUCACUUGGAACAUUGAAAAAAGCUGUUGAAUCUUUAAUAGAAGAAGUAACAAGACCAAAAAAAGAAGCAUAGAGAUUAGCAAAAUUAAUAAAAGGUGAUGGUUAAGUACAUAAAUUGACAACAGAGAACUUCAAAGAAUAAGUUUUUGAAAACCAUAGACAUAUAUUUGUUAAAUUCUAUGCCCCAUGGUGUGGUCAUUGUUAAACUUUAGCACCCACUUUUGAGAGAUUAGCUAAAGAAUUAAAUAGGGAUGAUAUAGUAAUUGCUGAAGUAGAUCAUACAGCAAAUCAAUUUGAUGAUAUUCCUAUUGAAGGAUAUCCUACAUUAUAUCUAUUUAUAUAAGAAGGUAAUACUAAAACAAGAAAGGAAUAUGAGGGAGAUAGAACUUUCUAAGGAAUGAAAGCUUUUUUAGAAAGAAAUUUAGGUAAAGUUGAGAGUGGAGAAAAGAAAAAACAUGAAUUCAACGAAAUAAAGAAUGAAGGAACAGUCAUUGAAUUAACAAGUGACAACUUUGAUCAUAUUGUUUUGAAUAGCAAAUAAGAUGUAUUAGUUAAGUUCUUUGCUCCUUGGUGUGGACAUUGUAAAGCUAUGGCAGAAUCUUAUAAAGAACUUGCUUAGAAUUUGAAAGAUAAUUAAAAUAUACUUAUAGCUGAAAUGGAUUGGACUACUCAUUAGACUAGUUCUGUUGAAAUCAAGGGAUUCCCUACAUUAAUAUUCUUUAAGAAAGGAUAAGAUAAACCAGAAUAAAUAAAGUAUCAGUCAGCAAGAACAGCUGAAGCUUUGUCUAAGUUUAUAGAAGAGAAUAGUAGUUUUGUAAAGAAAGAAGAUUUAUGA